CCCUGCUGUACGCACCCCUUCUGGUGGGAUCCCUGUGCUUGGUGUUCAACUACCUGGUCUACUCGCGGCGCGUGGCCCAGUGGCGCAAGUCGAACAUCCCUUUCCUGAGCCCGAGCUUCCUCAUCGGGCACAAGUACUUCUGGGGCGUCGGGAGCAACUCCGCAACUGUCGUCCCCCUCGAUCGCAUCUACCAGGAGAAUAAAGACAAAGACCUCGUCGCUUUCUUCAUCGCGACCAUGCCAGUCGUUCUGCUUCGGAAACCGGCACUUAUCAAGCAGAUAUUCGCGAGAAACUUCGACGAAGCGUUCAAAACGGGGUUUGCGGUAUCCCACAACGAUGUAAUCACACCCCACAUGUUGAGCCAAUCUCCUGAUAAAAAAGUCUGGAAAACCCACCGAAAUGCACUUUCGCCCAUGUUCGUGACAACAAGGUUUAGCGGUAAGAGAUUCGCCAAGAUCAGGAAUCAGAUCUCUCUUAUGUGGACCCAUGUUGAGGAAGCACGCCUUCAAGGAAAGCCCAUCAACAUCAAAGAGGUGGCAGGGAUGUUUUUCCAGGACAUCAUUUCCAACAGCUUCCUUGCUUUGGAUGACAACUCGUAUGUAAAGGAAGGAGAGUUUCGUAAAUUCCUUAAAAGUUUGGUUGAGCCAGGGUGGGGCAAACUGCUUGGCGUAUUUGCCCAGAUGCACCUCCAAAGAAUACCAACUUUGGAGUCGUUGAAGUUCAUCACUCAGAAGCACAUCGAUUCUAUGAAGAGUUUGCUCCAGAAGCAGAUAAAGCAGAGAAGUCAGACCGGUGACCAAAGAAAUGACCUUAUCGACCUCCUGAUCAGACUCAAAGAACAAGACCAAGAUGGAAAACUGGAUCAAGAAAUGGACAUAACGAAUGAAAUGAUCAGCCUCGGUUUGUCCUUGCUGCUGGGAGGUAAAAGCGUUGCAACGGUCGACAAUAUGGUGAGUUUUACCAUCCACCUUUUGUCCCUCUACCCGGAAUAUCAGGAGCGAAUAAGACAAGAGGUGAAGGAGGCCAUGAAAAGACAUAACGCUGCAGAAUUCACCUACGAGGUUGUUCGCGAUCUUCAUUUCCUCAACCAGUGUUUACACGAAACUUCACGCCUGUACCCAAAUACCUCAGUAAUAACGCGAGUGUGUACGGAGGACUUUACGCCAGUCGGCACCAACUACACUUUCAAGAAAGGCGAGCUACUUAUCGUCGACCCCUACUCCAUCCAUCGGGAUCCCGAAUACUACGAGAACCCGAAUGUGUUCGACCCGGACCGCUUCAACCCGAAAAACAGAGAUAGUAAAUCAGUUGAUGCUUUUCUAAGCUUCGGUAAAGGACCCCGAAAAUGUCCAGGCAGCAACGUCGCUCUCCUGAUAGCGUCGACUUUGAUUGGUUCCCUGUUGCACAAGUACGAAGUGAGACCACACUCCCACACGAAGCAAAUGGAUGCUUACGAUUUCCAUCCUCGGAGUUUCGCCAUCGUCCAUGAAGACGAUGUCCUCAUUAACGUCAUACCUCGAGAGAUUCUCGCUUACUGAUCACUGAUCAGGAAUAGGUGCGGCGCAUCGCCACUGAAUUUUGUGACUUAUUAAACCGAUGGAAAUUAUUGCAAGUUGUUGUCAAUGCAUAUCUGCCAUUCAAGUGUAUCUAAAAUAAUCGAUUCAUUAUGCAAGACCGCUGAAUUUUGAUUGUUUCACGUGCACUUAUAUGCAUGGAACUCAUUAUUACAUACUUGUGAGAUUGCCUUAGCCUAAAAAUGCAGCUAAAAUUAUAAUUAAUCAAAAAUAUUCAUUAUUAUACAUAAAUAAACAAAUAUUUUUACUUAA